AUGCAGGCUCAGGAGGUCCUGAGACAGCUGCGGAUUCCAGAGCUGGAAGAUUUUCGGCAGUACAUGCGCAGCUUGCCCACCAAUGCACUCAUGGGCAUGGGUGCCUUCGCCGCCAUCACCACCUACUGGUUCGCCACCCGGCCGAAAGCCCUCACACCCCCCUGUGACCUCGGCCUGCAGUCAGUGGAAAUGCCAGGUGGAGAACGUGCACGGAGGUCGGUACUGAACGACAGCGACGAUCCCAUGACACACUUCUACAGCGAUGCACGCACGAUGUAUGAGGUGUUCCAACGCGGGCUCAAAGUAUCAAAUGAUGGACCUUGUCUAGGAUCGAGGAAACCAAACCAGCCGUAUGAGUGGCAGUCUUAUAGAGAGGUGGCAGACAGAGCAGAGCACAUCGGCUCUGCUCUGCUUCACAGAGGACACUCUCAUACAGGAGACAAGUUCGUUGGCAUCUUUUCCCAGAACAGGCCAGAGUGGACCAUUUCAGAGCUGGCCUGUUACACAUACUCCAUGGUGGCAGUUCCAUUGUAUGACACACUCGGCACCGAGGCCAUCGGCUACAUUAUCGACAAAGCCACCAUCUCAACAGUGAUUUGUGAUGUACCCCAAAAGGCUCGGUUGAUUCUGGACUGUGUCAGUGGGAAAGGACGAACGGUGAAGACAAUUGUGGUCAUGGAGCCCUUCGACAGCGAGCUGGUAACCCGUGGACAGGAGUGUGGCAUUGACAUUCUGAGUUUAAAGGAGUUUGAGGCCAUGGGUGAAGCCAAUCUCCAGAAACCAGUGCUCCCUAACCCAGACGACCUUGCAUUAAUCUGCUUUACAUCCGGAACCACAGGAAACCCAAAAGGUGCAAUGCUUACUCAUGGAAAUGUAAUCUCCAACACUGCAGCUUUCAUUAGAAUUACAGAGGUACACUGCAUGCUGACCCUCCAUGACAUUCAUGUAUCCUAUCUCCCCCUUGCUCACAUGUUUGAGAGGGUUGUACAGUGUGUCAUCCUCAUCCACGGGGCUCGAAUCGGCUAUUUCCAAGGCGACAUUCGACUUUUGAUGGACGAUUUGAAAAUGCUGCAGCCUACGGUGUUCCCCGUGGUUCCACGUCUACUCAACCGCAUGUUUGAUAAGGUUUUUGGUCAAGCCAACACGCCUCUGAAGAAAUGGCUACUCGAUUUUGCUUUCAGGAGGAAGGAGGCAGAGCUUAAAAGUGGUGUGGUCAGAAAGGACAGCAUGUGGGACAAACUCAUCUUCAAAAAAGUGCAGGCAAGCCUGGGUGGUCGUGUCAGACUCAUCAUUACAGGAGCAGCACCGGUGUCUCCAACAAUCCUCACGUUCCUACGAGCUGCACUGGGCUGUCAGUUUUAUGAAGGCUACGGCCAGACUGAAUGUACAGCUGGGUGCUCCAUGACAAUGCCCGGGGACUGGACAGCAGGUCACGUUGGGCCUCCUCUGCCCUGCAACGCUGUUAAAUUAGUGGAUGUGGUAGAAAUGAACUACCUGGCAGCCAAUGGAGAGGGAGAGGUGUGUGUCAAAGGACCAAAUGUAUUCAAGGGAUACCUGAAAGAUCCUGAGAGAACUGCAGAGGCAAUCGACCAGGAUGGAUGGCUGCACACAGGAGACAUUGGGAAAUGGCUUCCUAACGGCACUCUGAAGAUCACUGACAGGAAGAAGCACAUUUUCAAACUGGCACAAGGGGAAUACAUCGCCCCCGAGAAAAUAGAAUGCGUGUAUAGUCUCAGUGAUCCAGUGGCCCAGAUAUUUGUUCAUGGCGACAGCUUACAGGCAUGUUUGGUGGGGAUAGUGGUACCUGAUCCAGACUUCUUACCUAUUUGGAUCAAGAAAAAAGGGAUUGAAGGCUCCUACUCUGAACUGUGCAAGAACAAGGAUGUGAAGAAUGCCAUUCUGGAGGACCUUCUGAGGUUGGGCAAAGAAGCAGGACUAAAGUCUUUUGAGCAGGUGAGAGAGAUUGCAUUACAUCCUGAGCUGUUCUCUGUCCAGAACGGCCUGCUGACACCCACCCUGAAGGCCAAGAGAGCUGAGCUCCGGAGUCACUUCAGAGAGCAAAUUGAUGAACUCUAUGCCACAAUUAAGAUGUAAACUUGGAAUUUGGGAGUACUGUAGUGAAGGUGACAGUCCUAUAGAGCACACAACCAGAAUAAAAUUGUUAAUUGAGGAGGGGUUUUGCUCGAUGUGUCUGCCAGAAUCUCAGUUUGAGGCAUGUAUUGUCCCUGCUUCAUCUAGUAAUUGUACUAAUACAUGUUUCCCACUACCAGUGGCUAAUUAGUUCAGAAUAUGCCAAAAUGAUGUUAAAAAACACAAAGGUGAAAUGUGAUCUGCUCAUGCCUGAAAGUGCCAUUAAGUCUGACUACUUCCUGGUCAGAAAGAGGAACAUUUCUUGCCGUUUUAAUUCUUGGGAGACAGAAAUGGAUCCUAUAAAUAUGAUUUCAAAGUGACUAAUAUUGAAUAUUUAUAUAUAUACCACACUAUUUAAUGUUUUGUGCCAUCUAUUAAAGUUGGUAUUUAAUGUAAUCCUUAAACCUGUAAAUAGUGUAUCUGCUCAAAAUUCUAUUUGUAUGCAGAGUAUUGUACCUGAUACUAGUUGUAGUUCCCUGCAUUCCUAUGUUUCUCAAUGCUGAAGGACUGAUAAACCUGUUUUUAGUGCACAAUUUAAUUCAUGGCCUUUUGGGAAUCAUGUUGCUUGACGGACUUUUUGUGCCUUUUUUGGUUGUUUUUGUUUUCUUUUAACACAGCAUGGUUUAUUUGUUUCAGAUUUCAGUGCCACAGGUUGCAGGAUAAAGCUUUACACUCAAUUGUACUAUACGUUUCAGUUUUCACGGUAAAUAUUUUGAACACUGGUAUCACGGUUCCUAUUAGAAGAAGCAAGUUUUUCCAAAUUAAUUCCAUGUCCAUGAAGCAUUUCACAUUAACUUUUCUUAUGUAAAACGGAGCAACAAUUCAGUUGCAACUAAAUAUUUUAUUGUGAAUUCAGAUGUUUUAACUAGAUUAUGAUCUUCUCAUCAUGUCGAGGCCUACUUGACAGUUAAAGCCAUAUUGUUUUUUUGUUUUUCUUGAAUGACUUAUGAUAUGAAAAGGGCAAAGGUGCAGUUUUGUGCUCAAGUUAUAAGUACAGUAUCUUUAUUUCUCAACUGAUCCAAAUAAAUACUUUCUUCCAAAA